AUGAGAGCGGCGUCAGCGCACAACAAGGCCAUGGUGGAUCGGCUGCUGACAGUGGUCUACAUUCUGGUCACUGUCGGGGCCAUGAUCAGCCUGGUUGGUGCCGGUUUGCCUUCCGUUCUCCGCGCCUGCCCCCGUAACUCCACCGACCUGAACCAAUGCAUUAUCGACGUGGUGAACGAACUGCGGCCCCGGUUGGCGACGGGUGAUUUCGGGGAAAACUUCACCAUCACCUCCCUGGAACCGAUCAAGAUUGAUCGUUUGAAGAUAGAGCGGGGCGAGAACUUUAAGGCGAACUUCACCAACUUCCGCAUCAGUGGUGUCACGCACGAGAAGACGGGAUUCGUUGUGAAGAAGUUGAAAACGGACAUAGAAAAUCGUCAGAUUAACGUCACUCUGCUGCUACCGAAGCUGCAGGUCAACUCGAAGUACUCCCUCAAGAUGAGCAUUCUGGUGCUGCAAAUCAAUGGUGACGGUGAUGUGCAGGUGAACUUGACCGACACCAAGGUAAGCCUGAAGCUGACGUUCUACACGGAAACGGUCGACGGGGAGGAGUACUUCCGGUUCAAUCCGAUCAAUCUGCGCGUCAAGUUCGGCAAGGCACGGUUCUAUCUGAAGAAUCUGUUCAACGGCGACCCAACGCUGGAGAUGAUCGGCAAUCAGGCGAUCAACGAAAACCCGGACGUGCUGCUGGACGAGGUGAAGGGCGGCAUUGAGGAGAAUCUGGCCAAACUGUUCACCAAGAUUGCCAACGAGGUGGUGAAGGAUGCACUGUUCGAGGAAGUGUUCCCCUGGAGCUAA